AUGGUCGAGGUCCGGAAGUACCAUUUGCCGGCGACGGCACUCAUGCCGAAUUCACCAAAUCCACUUUUGCAUUAUCCGAGCCACUUCUCAGCCCAAGAUGACUUGACGGCCAACAGAAUCUGCCAAACGUUCAAUGACAAUGGCUGGGAAGUCCAAUGGGUCUAUCGAUACGGCGAGACGCAACGCUCUCAUUACCAUUCUGGCGUUCAUGAGUGUAUGGCUGUCCUCUCCGGCUCUGCUACGAUCCGCUUUGGCGUUGCAGACACCUCCCUGGACAUGAAGGAAAACACUUGCGGAAAGGACAGGGAAACAGGAGGCAUUGAGUUGGAGGCCCAUGAAGGCGACGUAUUCGUCUUGCCCGCAGGAACAGCACAUAAAACAUUCAACACCAGGCCUGAAGCCUCGUUCACACUCUUGACCCCUGGGGAUGGACAUCAUAUUGCGGGAGGGGACAUUGGCAAGGCAUUAAAGGAGACCCAAGACCGCAUCACGGGGUUCACGAUGAUCGGUGCGUACCCUAAGGGCGGAGGAUAUUGGGACUCCUGCAAGGGCGGGGAGCACCAAGGAGGAUAUGAGAAGGUGUGGGCAGUUCCUAAGCCGGAAAGGGACCCCGUGCUAGGAACCUCUAACGACGGACUCCGGGGUUUAUGGGUAUAG